AUGGACGCCGUCGACGUCUCAGAGCACUACGAGGUCACCACCGCCGAAGAAACACCCUCCCUCCUCUCCAUCGUCAUCGACACCAAUCCCCGUGCCUGGGCCGCACUAAACGACUCCCUCCCCCUGGCAAAAGCCAUCGCCAACAUCCUCGUCUUCGUCAAUGCCCACCUGGCCUUCAGCAAUGUCAACCAAGUCGCCGUUAUAGCCGCCCACGUGAAUCGCGCAGCAUGGCUCUAUCCCACUCCUCCGCAAAUAUCACGCAAGGACACCUCGGGCGAUGUGCAAAUGAACGACGCACCCAGUGACGUAUCGCGAAACUCGGCCAACAAGUACCCGCAAUUUGCGCAGAUCGAAACCGCCGUCCUAACUUCCAUGCAGAAGCUCAUCAACGAAACCACAGAGCAGGACCUCGAGGCAACCACCACACAAUUGUCCGGUGCCCUAACACUGGCACUAUGCCACAUCAACAAAGCUUCCCAGGCAUUGAAGGGCCCAUCCGGAAACUUGGCAGAGGUAACCCAGCCAAGCGCCAACGUCGCACCCCCCAUGAAAGGUCGCAUCCUCGUCAUUUCCGUAUCCGACUCAGAACCAUCCCAAUACAUCCCUACCAUGAACGCUGUAUUUGCCGCCGCCCACGCCCAAGUAGCCAUCGACACGCUCUCCCUCUCAGGCGACUCCACCUUCCUCCAACAAGCAUGCUUCAACACCAACGGCACCUUUCUCGUGGCCGCAAACCCCAAGGGUCUCCUCACCUACCUCAUGUUUGGUCUCAUAGCAGACACGGAAGCUCGCCAGUCCCUAAUCACGCCGACGCACGACACUGUAGACUUUCGCGCCGCGUGCUUCUGCCACGGAAAGGUGGUCGACACCGGGUUUGUAUGCUCCAUUUGUUUGAGUAUAUUUUGUGAACUGCCAGAAAAUGCGGAAUGCUUGACGUGUGGGACGAAACUGGCACUGGGUAACUACGGCGCCAAGCCAGCGGUUGUGCCUCGGAAAAAGAAAAAGAAGAAGAGGAUUGGGAAUGGGGGCAGUGGACGUGAAGAGACUGGCAGUGCGACUGCUACUCCUUUACGGUAA